AUGGAGGCCAUCAAGAAGACGUUUGCACAAUGCAAGAAGGAGGGCAGGGCGGCCCUCGUCACAUAUGUGACUGCAGGUUUUCCUACCGCACAGGAGACGCCUGAUAUCAUGCUUGGGAUGGAAGCUGGUGGCGCAGAUAUCAUCGAGCUCGGCAUGCCUUUCACCGAUCCCAUUGCAGAUGGCCCCACGAUUCAGACGGCCAACACUCAAGCUCUCAAGAACGGCGUCACCACGGCCGACGUACUCCAGAUGGUCAGGGACGCGAGGAAGCGAGGCCUCAAGGCGCCCGUGAUGCUCAUGGGAUACUACAACCCUCUCCUGAGCUAUGGCGAGGAGAAGAUGCUCCAGGAUGCAAAGGAGGCGGGUGCCAAUGGUUUUAUCAUGGUUGAUCUUCCACCUGAGGAGGCUCUACGCUUCAGGAACUUCUGUCGCAGCUAUGGGCUUUCUUACGUUCCUCUCAUUGCUCCGGCAACAUCUGAGCACCGCAUGCGCGUCCUUUGCAAAAUCGCCGACUCCUUCAUCUACGUCGUAUCUCGCAUGGGCGUGACGGGCGCUACUGGAACCAUGAAUGCUGCUCUUCCCCAGCUGCUUGAGCGUGUUCACAAAUACUCUGGAAAUGUCCCAGCUGCUGUUGGUUUUGGUAUCAGCACGAGGGAUCAUUUCCUCAGCGUCGGCAAGGUCGCCGAGGGUGUCGUUAUUGGCAGCCAGAUCGUCAACACUCUGAUCAAAGCAGCUCCCGGCCAAGGUGCGAAGGAGGUUGAAAAGUACUGUGAUGAGAUCUGCGGCAAGAGCAGCCGACAGACGACUCGCGAAGUUGGCAUCGUCGAGGCAUUGUCGGAGGCCAAAGAGCCCACUGGCGUCCAAGUGGACAAGGUCAUCACCGAUGCCGAUACUCCCGACGGCCCUGGUCUUGCCGACCAGCUUGAGCAACUCAACAUGCACGAAGAAGGGGAGAAACACGCUCACCCUCCUCGGUUUGGGGAGUUUGGCGGUCAAUAUGUGCCCGAGUCGCUCAUGGACUGUCUUUCAGAGCUCGAACAGGGCUUCGGGGCGGCUGUGAAGGAUGAAAAGUUCUGGGAAGAAUACCGAUCGUACUACGACUGGAUGGGUCGUCCAGGCCAUUUACAUCUCGCUGAGCGCCUCACGGAACAUGCGGGUGGUGCAAACAUCUGGUUGAAGAGAGAGGACCUGAAUCACACUGGUAGUCACAAGAUCAACAAUGCACUCGGACAGGUGCUCAUUGCACGAAGACUUGGAAAGACCGAAAUUAUUGCUGAGACAGGAGCUGGACAGCACGGUGUUGCAACCGCUACGGUCUGUGCCAAGUUCAACAUGAAGUGCACCGUUUAUAUGGGCGCCGAGGAUGUCAGGCGCCAAGCUUUGAACGUGUUCCGCAUCAAGUUGCUUGGUGCUCAGGUUGUGGCUGUUGAAGCUGGAUCGCAGACACUGCGCGAUGCUGUGAAUGAAGCUCUACGGGCAUGGGUCGUCAACCUUGACACGACGCACUACAUUAUUGGAUCGGCCAUUGGCCCCCAUCCGUUCCCUACUAUUGUUCGUACCUUCCAGUCGAUUAUUGGAAACGAGACGAAGCAGCAGAUGCAGGAAAAGCGUGGCAAGCUUCCCGAUGCAGUGGUUGCCUGUGUUGGAGGGGGAAGCAAUGCUGUUGGCAUGUUCUACCCCUUUUCCAAGGAUCCUUCUGUAAAACUUCUCGGUAUUGAGGCUGGAGGUGAUGGGAUUGAUACCGACCGCCACAGCGCCACGCUUUCUGCGGGAACCAAGGGCGUGCUCCACGGUGUCCGUACUUAUGUUCUCCAGAACAAGCACGGGCAGAUUAGCGACACCCACUCGGUCUCAGCCGGGCUUGAUUACCCUGGUGUUGGCCCUGAACUGUCGAGCUGGAAGGAUAGCGAGCGUGCCAAGUUCAUUGCUUGCACCGAUGCAGAAGCCUUUAUUGGCUUCCGUAUCAUGUCUCAGCUCGAGGGCAUCAUUCCAGCGUUGGAGACAUCGCAUGCGGUCUUUGGAGCGAUUGAGCUGGCCAAGACGAUGAGCAAGGACCAGGACAUUGUGAUUUGUGUGUCUGGUCGUGGUGACAAGGACGUACAGAGUGUUGCUGAGGAGCUACCGAAGAUUGGACCCAAGAUUGGCUGGGAUCUGAGGUUCUAG